GACAGAACAAUGAAACGGCAAGUGCUGCUGUUCAUCUCGGUUCUCUCUUUCAGUUCAGUGAUUGGGCAGGUCAGCUACUCCAUCCCAGAGGAAAUGUCGAAAGGCUCUUUUGUAGGUGAUGUUGCGCAAGAUUUGGGUUUGGAUGUGAAAAGACUGAAAUUGGGAAAAGCUCGCAUUUAUACGGGAGACAGUGCAGAGUACAUUGAGUUAAAUACAGAAAAGGGAGUCCUCCUCAUCAAAGAAAAAAUAGACAGAGAGGUGAUCUGCGCAGAAACGGCGCCGUGUGCUUUGCAUUACCAGAUUAUUUUAGAGAAUCCUAUGGAAUUAUAUAGCAUUACCGUCGAGGUUACAGAUAUUAACGACAACGCCCCAAUUUUUAAAAGAGGUGAAAUGAAAUUCAAAAUAAGUGAGUCAGCUAUCACAGGUGCAGUUUUCUUGUUGCAACAAGCAAUAGAUCUGGAUGUCGGUGUAAAUGGCCUUCAAAGUUAUUUGUUAAAGCCAACCGAUAACUUUGCUUUGAGGCUGCAAAAUCAAGCAGAUGGAAGCAAGAUGGUAGAAAUGGUUUUACAGAAACCGUUAGAUCGAGAAAAGGAGGAUCGUUUGUCCCUUGUGUUGACUGCAGUAGAUGGUGGUGAGCCGCAGCUUUCUGGGACUGUUCAGAUUCACAUCAGUGUGUUAGAUAGUAAUGACAAUGCUCCCAUGUUUACCCAAAAAAUCUAUAAAUCCACCAUCAAAGAAAACUCACCCUCAGGGACGCAGGUAGUGAUUGUUAGUUCUUCUGACUUAGAUGAAGGAUCAAAUGGCAAAAUAUCCUAUGCUAUACUAAAUUUACUCGACAAUGUGUCCGAAUUGUUUGAAAUAAACAGAGAGACAGGAGAAGUUACAUUGACUGGGAACACCGACUUUGAGAAAAAGCGACAAUAUCAAAUACAUGUCCAGGCCAGUGAUGAAGGAGGUCUAACUGACUCAUGUAAAAUUGUAGUUGAAAUAACUGACACAAAUGACAAUAUACCUGCUAUAAAUGUCAUGUCAAGAUCCAGUGCAAUAAAGGAGGACAUUCUGCCUGGCACGGUUGUGACAAUGAUAAAUAUCCAAGAUCCAGACUCGGGUAAAAAUGGAAAGGUUCAGUGUCAUAUUAACGAGAAUAUUCCAUUCACAAUUUCCUCAACAUCAAAUAAUUUCUUUAGUUUAACUACAGAUCGUGAUUUAGACAGAGAGAGAGCCUCUGAGUAUAAUAUAACGGUGACGUGCUCUGAUGAGGGAGUGCCCUCCCUCUCCAGCAGCGUCACUCUCACCUUACAGAUC